GAGAAUGUGUAGGUGUAUGAGGCAGAGUGAGAGAGAGAGAGAGAGAGCACAGCGACCGGCCACCAUGGACCAUGCAUCAGAAAACCGCCAGAAAUGGAAUGAUUUAGCCGAAGCACUAUUGAAAAUCAGAAGAAAGCCAGCAACACCUGAUGAUAGUUCAAUCUACGAUAUUUUGACAGAGUUACAAGCCAGGAGCUCCAAGUUACGAGUGUUUUAUGACCAAAGGCUGAUUCACAGUUUGAUAUCCCACUUAGUAUCUGGUUUGGUGGAUCCAAGCAGUCUUGAAUCUGCUCCAGUAGCUCGACUGAUCACAUCCAUACUCAGCCACCAAGGGAAUGUCACCCUCUCAUCUGAGACCUCAGACAGGGUCAUAGUAUGGCUCAGUGAUACUCUGAAAUUCAAUUUGCAUAGGCCUGAAAAUGAGAUAUAUGUUCAGGAGAUUUUGUGUGCCAUGUCUGUGGUGUUACGUGAUGCACAAGACCAUACAGAUGAGAUAUAUAUCAGUUUAGGUGGUGCAAGGGGAUCAUUGAUACAAGCUUUGGAAGCAGGUUCACCAUGGAACUUUCAAGCCUCAGCAAUGCAGUGCCUCCAUCACCUAACUUAUGUUACCCCAGAAAUUGUCACUGAAGCUAGACAGCACUGCGAUGAAAUUUUCCCAGCAGAAGUUGUGUCAAGCAUUCAAAGAAUUGUCAUCCAUGUUUUAAAACAACAACAACCUAAUUCAGAUUCAUGCUCGCAUAGAUUAUAUAUGCACCUUAUAGCCUCGGCGUUGAGUGUCUUAUAUAAUCUUGUUGUCUGUGCACCAAAUGAUGUGCUUGGGAACAUCAUAGUAAGUGCCUGUAGGCCUUUUGUCUUUUAUGGAUUGCCGGGAUUCACUCAUGAUGAGCUGGUUCAGCAUACAUCAGGACCAGAAGUAGAUAUCCCACAGUCCUCAGGUGUGGAAAGUGAUGCUUCAUCAAGGAGUUACACCAAUCGUAAUCGGCGGAAGAGACUGCGUCGAAAAAGAGCGCAGCCUUCUCGAUCCCCAUCUGAUUCAGCAAGUAGUCUCUACACACCUACCACAGCCAUAGAAGGAGUAGGACUAGGUUUCAAGAGCCCUCCCCCAGCAGCAGCCUUGGACAGUGUUUCUCUAAAGCCUCAGUGGGCUAAAGAAAGCAGACAGCUGCCUGCAGAGGAAGAGGAAAAGGACACUGUCACACCAUGGGCCAUAAAAGACAUCCUGCCUGCAGUGUCAGUGAAGACACCAACUGAGGUUUGCAUUAGUGGGUCAGAAACAGAUUUCUCUGAUUAUGAGGGAGGAGGAGAAAAGGAAUCCACGCUCACAGCACGUGUUCGGCAGUGUUCGCUUCAAGCCAUAAACUCUGUUAUUGAUAAAAUUGGAAAACAACAUAAGUUCAGCUACUGGCCACCCCUAAUGUGCCAGAAUCCUUCACUAAUGACAAGUGUAUUGAAGGACCCCUCACCAUCAGUGAGAAUGGCUUCACUGCAAGUCAUAAAUACUUUCCUUCUUGAUUCUUCACAAGUUCUUACACUUGCUGUGGAUGAUGAAGGAAAAGGUUCUUAUGCCACUCUUGGUCACCAACUAGGAACAAGCAUCAGGGAGCUACAUCGCUGUCUAUCACUAGCCCUUCUAUCUGAAAAGUUUCCAGGUGCUCUUGUCAGAACCUUGAAAACCAUUGAACUGCUAGUUGAAAAUGUUAAUUACUCAAAGCUGAAACCAGGAAUGUUGACAAAAAUUGUUACACAUGUCAAAUACUUCAUGAGAUAUAAAGAGGCUGUAGUCCGAGCCAAUGCUUUUUCAGUGAUGGUGAGUGUACUCAUGAUCAAGCCGCAAGUGCCUGAACUACAAGAUAUCCUUUUGCGCUUCAAGACCCCUGCUCCAGCGACAUUAGUCUCCCCUCCUGAAGUCACACCCCCUUCACUCUUAGAAGAGGAACUUCCUGGGGAGGAGGAGGAGCUGGUUGACAAUGAGAAUGAGGAGGCAGAGUCUAAACUGGAGAAGAAAAUGGCAAUGAUGAAUUGGCUAAGUGAAGAUGAAGGAGAGAAAGUAAGUGGAGACAAAGAUCAGGGUAAGUCCAUGGUGUCUUGGCUCAUUCAACGAUGCAUGGACUCUCUCCUUACACCUGACCAUGAGGCUGUGAGGGGCAUAUACAUACAAGUUCAAUUGCAAUCACUAAAGGUGUUAAGUGCUUUAGUAAGUGAACACUUAAACAUCAUCCAUCAAAGUCUGCCAUUGAUCCAGCAUGUUAUAUCUGUGUGUAGCAAAGCCUUGAGAGAACCUGCCGAAGCUAAACCUGAGAGAUGGGCACUUGAAUCCUCAAAUAAGCUUGAAGUGAAUGAUGUCAUUGAUCCAGCAUUGAUGUCACCAGAUCCAGGUGUUGUGGUGGAGCAUGCCUACACACUACUUGGAUCCCUGUUAGGUGCUGUAAAAAUAGAGCUUGAGAAAGGAACCAGCUCAUGUGUGUCAGUAGACCAAGUGCAGCAGCUGUGGCUCUGGACAUUACAGGGUCCCCUGCACGGUCUACUGCAAAUGGCUUCAUCAUUGGCAAUAGAUCAUAAUAACUUUUCAGAUCCAUCCAAAAUCAUAAAGCAAGAUGCAGGUCCAGACAUGUUAAAGCAAGAGACUGAGAACUGGAGAAACAAAGAGGAAGUGGAAAUAUUAGAGAACCAGGAUCACCAUAAACAGUUGGUGGCUACUGCUACUGUCCUGUCACACUUCAGUCCCACAAUAUUCGAGAGCCUUGGUGAGAAGUGGAUUACACAAGUUGUGACCACAGUAAAGUGGCUUGUGACCAACCCAGACCCAGAUCUGCGCUUGGCAGGUGUCCGCAUAAUGGCCAUCAUUGUGGGCUUCCCUGGGGUGGUAGGAAAUCCCCUUGGUGUGGGCCUGUUACGGGCAACUGUUGUGACAACCUCAGACAUCCUUGCACAAAAGGAAAACAAUGUAAAUAGGGAUCGUCUCUUGGCCUCAUGGGCUUUGGCUAACGUGUCCUCUGUGCUGGAGUUGUACAGUGAGAGUUGGCAGCGUAUUGAACACAAUGCCAGCUCAGACCUCUUGCCCCCCUCCCUCCUUGCUCGCCUUCUUGAAGUGGGAGUACGCGCCUGCAAGGACAAGGACAAGAUAAAACCACAUGGGGUGCGUUGUGUAGGAAAUGUGACCAGCUUUCUCCAUGCUAACCAGGCAGCUGACCCAACAAUAGCACCUUUAGUGACCAAGGCUAUAGAAACAUUAAUUGUUUGCUCUAGCACAGGAAACAACAUGAAGACAAGAUGGAAUGCUUGUCAUGCACUGGGUAACAUUCUUACCAGUGGGAGAUUAUCCAUCGUAGAUGUGCCUUGGAGAAGCCAGGUCCUCACAACUUUGGGAAAUCUUGUUGAAAAUUUCAAGAAUUACAAAGUGAGGAUUCAAGCCUGUAGUGCACUAUGUGGCCUUAAUUCACGAGAAGAGUUUGGACAAGAAUAUUAUGGUAUUUGGCGGGUCCUUCUGCAUGGCCUUGACAAUGCACAAAAUAUUAUUGACUACCAAGAGAUAAGGCAUAGAGAUGAGCUCAUCAAUCAGAUCUGCCAAGGCAUUUGUCAGCUGGCUGCUCACCUGACCUUGGAUGAUGCAGGAAUAUUGUGUGAGCUCUUACAAGUACACCAGGACAUGGCAACACCUCUUCUGAAGAAAGCUCAUUCCUCACUUCCCCCUGAGCGUACAGGUUAUGCCCUUAAAGCUCACUCAAGAGUAGAAGAGCUAUUACUUUAUGAUGCAUUAACUGAGACUCAAGAACAGGCACUUGUCAUUUUGCAGAGCUUGACAGCAAGUGAUUUCAAUGCUGAAAUUUGUUAAGGUAGACAACAGAUACAACUGCUGAAGCAAACUAUGUUGCUGGUGUGGUGUAUAAAUUUAUCAUAACCAUGGUAAGACAUUCCCAUGUAACUUUAAAUGAAUUUAGUUUUAACCCAA